CGGCCGCGCCUGGCGGCGGGCUCCGGACACAACGGCGAGCAGCGGAGCGCAGGCCCUCACCGGCCAUGGACACAGGGACCCGCGGCGCGGGUCAGAGGUGCCAGUGGCGGGAGGGGGCGGCGCGGCUCCAGAGCCUGCCCUGGACACCCCCACAGCCGGUGGUAGAAGCCGGGACCCAAACAAAGGCGGGCGGCGAAUAAAAGGCAGCGGCGGCGCUGAGUGCUCAGGGUUUCCAGCCUGGGACCGGAAUCCGCUCGGACCUGUCUGGGGUCGGUACGCCCGGGAGCGGAGCGAAGUCCAGCCUCCUACAGCUCCGAGGAGCUUCCCUCUGUGACUCGGGUGAGGGGACAAGUCUGCGAGGCGUGGUAGCCGCAGCCCCCCGCCCCUCCGGCGUGCCCCUUCCCGCGCCUGCGGUUCAGCCCAGCUCAGCUCAGCUCCGCCGGCCGAGGCUAUGGACACAGAAGAUGACCCCUUGCUGCAGGACGUGUGGCUAGAGGAAGAACAGGAGGAAGAGGAAACAACCGAUGAAGUCUUUAGGAAGGCCCAGAAGCCAGGGCCUGGACCUCGGGCAGAAGGGCAGUGUUGCUGGAGGCACUGGACUUUGCCUUCCCGGCCCCCAGCAUCAGGCUUCUGGAAUACCCUGGGCUGGGCCUUCACCAAUCCGUGCUGUGCGGGGCUGGUGCUCUUUCUGGGUUGCAGCAUCCCCAUGGCCCUAUCGGCCUUCAUGUUCCUCUACUAUCCACCACUGGACAUUGACAUCUCCUACAACGCCUUUGAGAUCCGCAACCAUGAAGCUUCACAGCGUUUUGACGCCCUUGCCUUGGCGCUCAAGUCCCAAUUUGGAUCCUGGGGGCGCAACCGACGCGACUUGGCCGACUUUACCUCCGAGACGCUCCAGCGCCUCAUCUCAGAGCAGUUGCAGCAACUGCAUCUCGGUAACCACUCGCGGCAGGCCUCCAGAGCCCUGCGCGCUGUCCCUUCUUUUGCACCUCCCAGCGGCCAGGAUUGGUCCAGGGAGGCCGCCAAGGCUCCAAAGCCAGCAGCCAAUCGGAGUAGGCGCUUUAGGCGUGAGGCCCCGCCUCUGAGGGAUCUGGCAGCCAACCAGAGUGAAGACCCGCAGAUCCAGAGGUUGAACAUAAAUGACCGGCGCCAGCCCAGCGUCCCGCCCCCCGUGGUCACCGCGGCCAAUCAGAGCCGUGCCCGCCGAGGAGCCUCGCGCUGGGACUACUCACGUGCGUACGUGAGUGCCAACACCCAGACGCACGCACACUGGCGCAUGGAGCUCAUCUUCCUGGCGCGUGGCGACUCAGAGCGCAAUAUUUUCACCAGUGAGAGGCUGAUCACCAUCCACGAAAUUGAGCGCAAGAUCAUGGACCAUCCGGGCUUCCGGGAGUUCUGUUGGAAGCCCCAUGAGGUGCUCAAAGACCUGCCCCUUGGUUCCUACUCCUACUGUUCCCCGCCCAGCUCGCUCAUGACCUACUUUUUUCCCACGGAGCGGGGCGGCAAGAUCUACUAUGAUGGCAUGGGGCAGGACCUGGCUGACAUCCGGGGCUCCUUAGAGCUGGCCAUGACUCACCCCGAGUUCUACUGGUAUGUGGAUGAGGGACUUUCAGCAGACAAUCUGAAAAGCUCCCUCCUGCGCAGCGAGAUCCUGUUUGGAGCACCCCUGCCCAACUACUAUUCAGUGGAUGACCGCUGGGAAGAGCAACGGGCCAAGUUUCAGAGCUUUGUGGUCACCUACGUGGCCAUGUUGGCCAAGCAGUCUACUAGCAAAGUGCAGGUUCUCUAUGGGGGCACAGACCUCUUUGACUACGAGGUGCGCAGGACCUUCAACAACGACAUGCUCCUGGCCUUCAUCAGCAGCAGCUGCAUCGCCGCCCUCGUCUACGUCCUCACUUCCUGCUCAGUGUUCCUGUCCUUCUUUGGGAUCGCCAGCAUUGGUCUCAGCUGCCUGGUGGCACUCUUCCUGUACCACGUGGUCUUCGGGGUCCAGUACCUGGGCAUCCUCAAUGGGGUGGCUGCCUUUGUGGUAGUGGGCAUUGGUGUGGACGACGUCUUCGUGUUCAUCAACACCUACCGCCAGGCCACCCACCUGGAAGACCCUCAGCUGCGCAUGGUCCAUACCAUCCAAACGGCUGGCAAGGCCACCUUCUUCACCUCCCUGACCACAGCCGCUGCCUACGCAGCCAAUGUCUUCUCCCAGAUCCCGGCCGUGCAGGACUUUGGCCUGUUCAUGUCCCUCAUUGUGUCCUGCUGCUGGCUGGCCGUGCUCUUCACCAUGCCGGCCGCCCUGGGCCUCUGGAGCAUGUACAUGGCACCGCUGGAGAGCUCCUGCCAGACCAGCUGCCACCAAAAAUGUGGCCGCAAGAGCUCCCUGCACUUCCCCAGGGAUGUGUUUGCUGCUCCUGAGCGUGCUGGGGGCAGCCCUGCCCAGGGGCCCCUUCCCUACCUGGAUGACGACAUCCCUUUGCUGGAUGUUGAGGAGGAGCCAGUGUCACUGGAGCUGGGAGAUGUGUCCUUGCUGUCCGUGUCCCCUGGGGGCCUGCAGCCAGCCCCUGAGAGUGGCAGCCGGGGCCAGCUCAUCGUGCAGCUGCAGGAGCUGCUGCACCACUGGGUGCUGUGGUCUGCCGUCAAGAGCCGCUGGGUGAUCGUGGCACUGUUUGUGUCCAUCCUCGUCCUGUCCCUGGUAUUCGCCAGCCGGCUCCGCCCUGCCAGCCGGGCCCCGCUGCUCUUCAGGCCCGAUACCAACAUCCAGGUGCUGCUAGACCUCAAGUACAACCUGAGUGCUGAGGGAAUCUCCUGCAUCACCUGCUCAGGUCUGUUCCAGGAGAAGCCCCACAGUCUGCAGAACAACAUCCGCACAUCCCUGGAGAAAAAGAAGCGAGGCCCGGGGGUGCUUUGGGCCAGCCGGGCGGAGGCCACCCCACAGGACUCCCUGGGCACUGUGUUCGUCUCCAGAGUGAAGAAUAAAGGCCACCCGGCUAUCUACAGGCUCUCCCUCAAUGCCAGCCUGCCUUCCCCUUGGCAGGCUGUGUCCCCUGGGGAUGGAGAGGUGCCCUCUUUCCAGGUGUAUAGAGCGCCUUUUGGUAACUUCACCAGGAAGCUGACCGCUUGUAUGUCUACAGUAGGGCUGCUCCAGGCGGCGAGCCCCUCCCGCAAGUGGAUGGUGACGACCUUGGCCUGUGACGCCAAGCGGGGCUGGAAGUUUGACUUCAGCUUCUAUGUGGCCGCCAAGGAGCAGCAGCACAGCCGGAAGCUGUACUUUGCUCAGUCCCACAAGCCGCCCUUCCACGGGCGAGUGUGUGUGACUCCUCCUGGCUGCCUGCUCAGCUCCAGCCCCGACGGGCCCACCAAAGGCUUCUUCUAUGUGCCUAGUGAGAAAGGGCCUAAGCCCCGCCUCUCCGCCACCUUUGGCUUCAACCCCUGCGUGAACACCGGCUGUGGGAAGCCGGCAGUGCGCCCCCUAGUGGACACCGGGGCCAUGGUCUUCGUGGUCUUCGGCAUUCUUGGCAUCAACCGCACACGGCAGGUGGACAACCACGUUAUCGGAGACCCGGGCAGCGUCAUCUAUGACAGCAGCUUUGACCUCUUCAAAGAAGUUGGGCACCUGUGCCGCCUCUGCAAGGCCAUCGCAGGCAACUCCGAGCUGGUGAAGCCGGGAGGGGCGCAGUGCCUGCCCUCAGGCUACAGCAUCUCCUCCUUCCUACAGAUGUUGCACCCUGAGUGCAAGGAGCUGCCUGAGCCCAACCUGCUCCCAGGGCAGCUAUCCCAUGGGGCCGUGGGUGUGAAGGAGGGCCGCGUGCAGUGGAUCUCCAUGGCCUUUGAGUCGACCACGUACAAGGGCAAGUCCUCCUUCCAGACCUACUCAGACUACCUGCGCUGGGAGCGCUUUCUCCAGCAGCAGCUGCAGACCUUCCCCGAGGGCUCAGCCCUGCGCAGGGGCUUCCAGACCUGCGAGCACUGGAAGCAGAUCUUCAUGGAGAUCGUAGGUGUACAGAGCGCUCUGCAUGGGCUGGCACUGUCCCUGCUCAUCUGUGUGGCCGCAGUGGCUGUGUUCACCACCCACAUCCUGCUUCUGCUGCCUGUGCUCCUGAGCAUCUUGGGCAUUGUCUGCCUUGUGGUGACCAUCAUGUACUGGAGCGGCUGGGAGAUGGGGGCCGUGGAAGCCAUCUCCCUGUCCAUCCUCGUGGGCUCCUCUGUGGACUACUGCGUCCAUCUGGUCGAGGGCUACCUGCUGGCUGGAGAGAACCUGCCCCCCCAUCAGGCUGAGGAUGCACGCACACAGCGCCAAUGGCGCACCCUGGAGGCCGUGCGACAUGUGGGCGUGGCCAUCGUCUCCAGCGCAGUCACCACGGUCAUCGCUACAGUGCCAUUGUUCUUCUGCAUCAUUGCCCCGUUUGCCAAGUUCGGCAAGAUCGUCGCACUCAACACAGGCGUGUCCAUCCUCUACACGCUCACCGUCAGCACCGCGCUGCUCGGCAUCAUGGGGCCCGGCUCCUUCACCCGGACCCGGACUUCCUUUCUCAAGGCUCUGGGCGCCGUGCUCCUGGCUGGGGCUCUGGGACUGGGCGCCUGCCUCGUGCUCCUCUGGAGUGGCUAUAAGAUCCCACUGCCCACCGGGGCCGCCCUAUAGCCGUGCCUGGCCUCUGACUCAUAUGCCUUUGGCCCAGGGUGGAGGAAGGGCACCCUGCUUCACCCCAGGGGUGCUGUUCCCCACCUCGGCCCCAGCUAGCCUUGUUCCCUGGCCUAGGGUAAAGGCACCGCACAGGUACUGGUGGGAGCUGCCGCCCAUACCCACACUCUGGGGACCACACUGCUUUCUCCUGAGGAUCCAGAGCUGAGAGGUGAAACCUCAGCCCCAUCGGCCCAGCCCUCCUCCCGUGCCCCACCACCACAGGGGCCAGGCGGUUUUUGUAGGGGCUACCUGUCACACUGCCUCUACGCCCACAACCUUUUAGUGUGGGUAUUACAGGGCCCCCAUUCUACAGAUGUGAAGACUGAGGCAUCAAGAGGCAAAGUGACUGUGGUAGAGCCAGCACUGCCUCCCUAGCCUUCGAGUAUGCACUUGGGGGCUUUGCAGGAUGAGCACAGUGGAUUCAGGGCAGGGCCUUACCCCUGCACACCCGUUCCUCCCCACUCCCCUCAGCUUUACAGAGGCCAGUGCUGAAUAGCCCAGACCCUCGCCAGGCCUUUCACUCUGGCUAGAGAGGACAAAGGUACUGGGCUUGGGCUUCUGCAUGUCGUAGCCCUGGUUCAGCCUCAAGGGGUCCAUCCGAGGCCUUCCCUGGCCGCUGUGGGGCCCAGCACAGCUCUCCUCACAGAUCCGUGCCCCCUCCCCCACCCAGCUUUGAGAGUGAAUGUCUGGGGGUGGCCCCUGUGGGAGGAGAUGUUUGUGCCUGCAGCCUGCUCCUGGUGGAGGUUCCUAUUAAAGAGAAGUGAAACCACGGUUUUAGGUGCUGCUGCCUGGGUCAUAUUUCAGAACUAAAGUGAUUAUUUGCAUGUUGCCCAGCUGGACUCUGGCACAGAGGGUGGGGCUGGCCAUGGAGGGAGAUGGGUGGGCAAGAGGGCAUCCAACCUUCCUGGGAACAAGGUCAUGGGCAUUCUAGGGCCUCCAUGAAGGGGUUGAGAGAUGCAUCUUUAACUGAUUCCUCUGGCUCCAUGGUUGGGACGUUUUUGAGCACCUUUGGUAUGCCUGGCAUUGUGCUGGGCACAGACCUUUUUCCUUGGCGACAGAUGUUGCCACUGGGCUUUAUGAAGCUGGACACGGAAUGAGCUGAAACUAAUCCCUGAGAGUGGGCAAGAAAUUAGGGGUGGUUUCCAGGCCAGCUUACCUGGUCAUCUGUAAAUAUUAACUGGGGGAUGGGGACAAAGACAGAUGGACAGCACUGUGUCCCCCUAGUCUCUGUCCAGGGAAUAUCAGACCUUUGUGCCCACUCAGGGUGAAGGAAGACAUCAAACAAACAGUUAAUGAUAUUAGCUGUCACAGCACUGACUGUGCUCGGUGCUCUUCUCAAGGUCUGGGUUAGUGUCCCAGGGCUGUCACAACAAAGUUCCACACACCAGUUCAACAGGUUUAUUCCCACACAGUUCAAGAGGCUGGAAGUUCAGGGUAUUGGCAGGGCGGGUCCUCUGGAGGCUCUGUGCUUUUCUCCUGGUUUCUGCUGGUUGUGGGCAAACGAGCCUCGUCCCCCAGCUUGUGGGGGUAGCACUCCAGGCGCCAUCUUUUCUGUGUUUAUGUCAUCUUCCUUCUUUGUGGGAGGGGUUCCUGUCAUACUGGAUUGGGUCCACCUUAAGCAUCUUAACUUUAUCACUAUAGAGAUCCUGUGUCCACACAAGCUCAACCACCAAGGUGUGGACUUCACGUGUCUUUUUGAGGAACACAGUCCCUCCCCUCACAGGGCUCAGCAUGUGCAGCUCAUUCCUCAGCUGUGCACGGUAGGGGUCGGCGCACCCCUUUCCACUGGGGCAGCCAAGGAGCCAGGAGACAGACUUGUCUGCAUUGUGCAGCUAGUGAGCUGGCCAGUCUGUCCCCAGGGUCCCCAGUAAGGUAUGCAGCGUCUCAUUACAGUUGGAACACAGCCUGGUGGCAGCUACAGGGACGCCAAGGUUGGUCAAAUCAAGAGUUCUGUUCUUGGAAAUUCUGGAAUGAAAACACUGUGUUUGAUGGUAAUUCCCAGGGGCCCAGCCAAGAGCACUGUGGCUGAGGGGAGUGUGGUGCCCCGCAGCACCCAAGGCCACAUCUGUAGGGUCAGUCCCCUUCCCAAGUGGCCACCAGUGCGGAGGGAAUGGGGCAAGCAUAUGGGAGGUGGCCAGGGCAAGGGGUGGGGAAGAACAGGGGGCUGACAAAUGGACAGGACACCCAGAUGUUGCUUGAGGUCCUUGUCCUGAGAUCUUCCCGAUAACCUCAUUUUAAUGUGGAGGUAGAAUAUUUGCAUACUAUUUACAUACACUCCACAUAAUUUGUAGAGAAACCCUCCCCAAGCCCAUCUCCCUGCUUUAAAGGGGCAGCUCCUCUCCCUUCCCCUUGGCCUCUUUUCCAGGGCAUCGUGGGGUGUUGGGCAGGCAUGUUGGGAGAGAAGGGGGCUGCGCUGUGUCAUUGUCACCUCCCUCCAAGGUGCCUGGGGUUCCUGGAUCUGUACAGCUCUGACAUGACCCUCCUGACUCACUGACCAGCAGAUCCCAUGAGAGCCAGCCUGUAUGGAGCGCCCACCUUGCCCAGGCCCCACCCACGCACCCCCACCCGUGGCUCCUGCCAGCAUUCCUCACUGCUAAGGAGCAGAAGCCCAGAGACACACGCUGUGCGCACAUCCACCUUCCUAGCUGACGCAAAGGCUUGAAAUGUGCCUGUCUGAGGAGCCCCGCCCCCUGUGCUUCUGCCCCUCCCUGGGAAGAAAGAGCCCUCCGAGACCCACUGGCUCCAGGAGGCUGAGAGACGUGGAACUGAUCUGACCCAGUCUGUGGCCUAGAGCCAGGCCCUGCUGGUGCUAGAAUAGAUAAGCUGACUCCCAGCUGACACCAGCGAAUGACUGUUGUCCAAAGCCACCGAGUUUGGGAGGUUCGUCAUGCAGCAUUUUGCAGCAACAGUCGACCAGAGCAUUAUCCGUCACCUCCAGAGUCAAGGUGAAGUUUCUUCAUACAGCCUUCAAGGCCCGUUAGGGUCUCCUUGGCACCUUCUCUGUGAGUGUCUCAUGCCACUGCCUCACUGUGCACAAGCGGCAGCUGCACGGAACCUCUCACUCCCGCGGCCAUGCUGCACCCACCCCCCGGCUGCCCCUCUUUGGCCCUCAGAACGCUGCUUCCUCCACGAAGCCUUCACUGGUGCCUACGUCUCAGUUAGUCAUCCUGGGAUGUGACCACACAGCACUUUGUACUUCCUUUGCCUUGUGUUUUUAAUGACUUGCUACUUGGCUCUGUCAGGGAGAGAAGGCAUGAAGGUGCCGUGACAGCAAAUACAGGACGUCGCCAGUUCCUGGCAUGCAGUGAGCUCAUUACAAAUAUCAUUGACUAGUGAUCUAACUGCCCUGGUGUAGGGAGUCCCUGCCCGCCUCGUAUCUGAAGUGCUGGGUCCAUUGUAAAAAAAGCUGCCACCUGUGUAAAGAACACAUCGGCCUGUAGCCCCUCCAAGCUCACUCAUCCUGGGAAGCUGCUUCUUGGGCACACACCCCCAUCUCCUGGUCCAGACUGAGGCAGGGACCACAGACAA